UUUUGGCGGGAACGCGAGGAGUGAAGUUGUGUGAUUUGUUUUAUUUUGUCUAUUUAGUGUUUCUUCAGGUUUAAAUGUGUAAUAACGGUGGUUUAUUAACUGUUUAAUAUCUGUGAAAGUGCACAAAUGUGGGAAAAUGAAACAAAGACGCUGGACGCAACUUCUCGGGAUCCUUCAAAAAGUCCACUGAAAAAAUCUUAGUAAAUGACCACCAUUUUACUAAGAUUAUAUUUCAUUCCAUAUCAUCUCAUUUCAUUUCAUUUCAUCCCAGUUGAUUAACGUCUCAAAUUAAUCAUUUUCAUUUCAUUUCACUCCAUAUUAACAUUUUUCAUAAAAAUAAGAAUAUAAAUUAAAAUAAGACAUGACUUAAAGAUCUUAGUUACCAGGUCAUAAAAUCACUUAAAAAAAAUGUACAAUAGAUGUCAUACAGUCCCCCACUCCCCACUCCUGCAUGGCGCUCCGAAACUACACAUCAAUAAAUGUCAAAUUUUUUGUAUGAAUUAUUCAUUCAAAAAACUUCUGAGUUCGUGCAGAGUCGUACUGAUCAAACACACAUUUGCUGCCAUGUCCAAAAGAAGUGGUUUUCAAAGGACACCUAAAUUUAAACCCGAAAUUAAGGUGUUAAAUAACCGUUCUAAACGGCCAGUGACUAUGUUCCAUAGAAAAGAGAAUGUUGAAGUGCUCCCUGAACCCAUUAAAUCUGAAGCUGAUAAAAAGCUAUACAAGACUAUCAGGCUAGAGAAUGGUUUGACAGCAUUAUUAAUAUCUGACCCAAGUCGACCUGCUGUGACAGAAGAAUUCAGCUCUAGUGAGGAAGAAUCAACUAGUGGUUCAGAUGAGAAUUCAGACCCAGAAAGUGAUGGAGGUAAAUCUGUUCAGUCUGCCACCAGUGACCAUCACGGAACCACAAGGCGAAAUGACUUUGAUGAAGAAAAACUAGCAGCUUGCGCCCUCUGUGUUGGUGUGGGCAGCUACAGCGACCCAGCAGAAAUACAGGGAUUGGCGCAUUUCGUCGAACAUAUGGUGUUUAUGGGAAGCGAAAAAUAUCCCAAAGAAAAUGAGUUCGAUGCCUUCAUAAAGAAAAAGGGCGGUUCAGAUAACGCUUCGACAGAUUGCGAAGUAACUACUUUCUACUUUGAGAUACAAGAGAAGCAUUUACCUCAUGCCAUGGAUAUGUUCAGCCAGUUCUUCGUGAGCCCGCUAAUGAUGAAGGAGGCUAUGCAAAGGGAGAGAGAAGCUAUUGAAUCGGAAUUCGCAAUAGCGUCGCCGUCUGACUCGAAUCGGAAAGAUCAGUUGCUGUCAAGCCUAUUUCCGGAAGGACAUCCGGCACGCACUUUCACUUGGGGUAACCUGCGAAGUUUAAAAGAUGACAUCAACGACGAGGAGAAACUACACAAAGCAGCUCAUGAAUUCAGGAAACGACAUUAUAGUGCCAACAGGAUGACGGUCGCCGUUCAGGCUCGCAUGGACUUAGCCUCUCUCGAACAAUACGUCAUAAAUACGUUUGGUCGUGUACCGACGAACAAACUUCCGGCAGACGACUUCAGUCCCUAUUCGUUCCGUCCAGAAACCGUCACGCCAGAAUUCCGAAGUAUUUACUACGUCAAACCCAUCGGAGACACAACGGAGCUUCACUUAACUUGGUGCAUGCGCUCCUUGAUAUCCGAAUACGAAUCUAAACCACAUCAGUACAUUUCGUACUUGCUUGGACACGAAGGAAAAGGCAGUCUUUUAUCUUACCUUAAGAAGAAGGUUUGGGCGUUAGGUAUAUACACGGGGAACUCUGAGAGCGGUAUCGAUUACACAUCAAUGUACAGCUUGUUCUCUACACAAGUAGUUCUUACCAAGGACGGGCUCGACCACGUCGAUGAGGUACUCGAAGCUAUAUUCUCGUACAUAAACAUGUUAAAGAAAAUCGGACCUUCGGAAAGGAUUUACAACGAGAUCAAGACUAUAGAAGAGACCAGUUUUCGCUUCGAAGAGGAGUCCCAGCCAGCGGACUAUGUGGAAACUCUGGCCGAGAACAUGCAGUUCUUCCCGCCCGAACACUACAUAACCGGCGACAGACUCUACUACAAAUACGAUCCGAAGGGUAUCACGGAACUAUUGGAUUGCAUGACAGCCGACAGAGUCAACAUCAUGAUAUUGUCAAACAAACACUCUAAACCCAUAGCGUACGAUUCCAAAGAGAAAUGGUUCGGCACUGAAUAUAGGAGACAAGAAAUCCCAGAGAAAUGGCUCGAACGUUGGUUGAACGCCGAACCGAGCCCGCAGUUUUACCUUCCGGAGAAGAACAUCUACAUAACGACGAACUUUGACUUGAUAGCUCCAGCUCAGCCAUACCUCGAGGCGGCCAAUGAACUCGGCGUCGACUUAAAGAACAGUUCAGUCAAAGACAUACACAAGAAGACGGCUGCCGUCGGUGGUAAGGAGCGGGUGUUGAAACGCGCCGACUUGAUUGCCACUGUUAAUAAUUUCAGGCUGGACCAGCCGAACCUGCUACGCAAGAACCGUCACAUGGAGCUGUGGUACAAGCCCGACUUCAAGUUCCGCUUCCCGACCGCUCUGCUGUACUUCUACUUCAUAACGCCGCUCAGUCUGAAGUCGCCGCGGGAGUCGUGCCUACUCGACUUGUGGACUGACGUACUCCAGCAAGGACUCAAGGAAGAAGUUUACCCUGCCAAUAUGGCGGACUUGACCCACUCAAUAUACGUCUCAGAUAAAGGGCUAACGUUAAAAGUCAACGGGUACAGUCAAAAUUUACAUUUGCUAGUGGAGUUGAUAACGCGCGAGAUGCGUACGUCUCCCGGCGGCCUCACGGCGGCCAUGUUCGAGGCGGUGCGCGAGGUGCGGGCGCGCUCGUACCACAACGUGCUGCUUAAGCCGAACCGACUCGCCAAAGACCUCCGGAUGCAAGUGUUGUUGGAGCCGUACAUAUCGCCUCGAGACAAAGCCUUUGUUAUCCACAACAUAACUCUGGACGAUCUGAGAGACUUUCAUGAUAGACUGCUCAGUAAAUUGUAUAUGCAGGUUUUGGUUCAAGGAAACCUGGCUUGGUAUGAUGCGAUUAAUAUAUCGCAAAAUGUUUUUAGCAACAUGCAGUGGGAGAGUCUGUCUGAGAGCGAAAUCCCUCAACUGCAGGUACACGAGCUACCGCUGGGCGAACGUAAACUGAGGGUGAUGAGUCUGAACGAAGCUUCAACGAACAGCAUCAUCACAAACUACUACCAGGCCGAGGUGACCACGCCCUCGGAUUUGGCCGUACUCGAAGUCCUAAUGAUGCUGAUGGAGGAGCCUGUGUUCGACAUGCUGCGUACGAAGGAGCAGCUCGGCUACAGCGUGUUCAGCAUGAUGCGCUACACGUUCGGCGUGCUCGGCUUCUCAGUGUCCGUCAACACGCAGGUCGACAAGUUUAGCGUGUCGUACGUGGACGGUCGCGUGGAAGCCUUCCUCCGCAAGUUCUACCGCGACAUGAAGCGGCUCAGCGAGAAGACGCUCGCGGCCACCAGGAACUCGCUCGUCCAACUCAAACACACAACGGACUACGAGCUCAAAGAAGAGGUUGAAAGAAACUGGAAGGAGAUUGUGAGCAGAGAGUACCAAUUCCAAAGACUAUUUAAUGAGGCUGACGCCAUAGAAAAAGUGAAGUUGGCCGACAUUAAAACGUGGGUAGAGAACCACUUCCCGACCGGCAACAGAGCGCAGUUUAGGAAAAUCUCGAUACAAGUAAUGGGACACAAACCGAAACAAGUCGACGAUAAAUCUUCGGAGCAGGAAAUUAUAAAGCCUAAAAACUACACGUUGACUUAUUUAGACGCGAGUCAGCCGGUCGGCGAUACCACCGAGAACAACGCGGAUUUCAUAAAGGACAUUGACGAAUUCAAAAGCGAUCUACCGAUAAUAAACGUCCCUAAAGUUCAACUUGCACAAUGUUAGAAAAACAAAAUCCUGAAUGAAAGAAAAAAAAUGGAACUUAAUAGUAAAAUACAUUUAAAAAAAGAACGCUAACUUAAAGCUAAUUAAUAUUCUUAAUGAACCAAGUGCCUAAAAUUUGUUGGUGUUCCUUUAAAAAUAUCUAAACCAAAAAAGAAAUCAUCUCAAUUACAAAUAUUAUUUGUAUAUUUUUUUUAAAUUUCAUUAUAUUUUAGUAACUGACAAGGCCUUUAUUUGUUAUCAAAUUAUUAUAAUUUAUAAAAUUGACGAUCAGAGAUAUUCUUUGUAAACUGUACUGUCAUUUGUAUAGAUGAUUAGUAGCUCAUAGCUGACCUGGUGUAAGCUUCUUGAACCGUAUUCAAUGUGAUAAUUUUGUUAUAAAACAAAUAGAGUUGAUUAUAUUAAUGCUGAAACUGUAUGUAAACUUGUUAGCAGUACUUAAUUUUCGAUUAUAAAAUGAAAAAUUUACUUAAUAAUGUUUCAUAUUUUGUACAUUUAUAGUUUUAUUAUGAAUAUUAUAAAUUCGUUAUUUUUAUGUAAAUAUCCUUUGUUGCCCUAGCAGAUGUUACGUAACAGUAAAUUUAUUUCUUUUAAA